AACCACGCAGUUAACUCAUUGUCGGAGGCGGGAUCCCGACCUUUGGAGACAUGUCGCAGCACACGUUGCUGUUCCUUUUUGGCUUGUUGGCGUCGGCGACCCAGCUGUGUGCCGUCGAUGCGUUGAUCGUCAACGGCCUGCGGGUGGGGUUCUAUGGCAAGACGUGCCCGGUGGCCGAGAGCGUCAUCAGCGAUAUCGUCAACAACGAAAUCGCUAUGGACCGCGGCAUCUCCCCAGGCCUCAUUCGCCUCUUCUUCCACGACUGUUUCAUCACGGGUUGCGACGCUUCUAUUCUCCUGGACGUGUCGCCCGCUGGCGAUGUCCCAGAGAAGGAGUCGUCUGCCAACGGCUUCACCCUCGUCGGCCUUAGAACCAUCGACCUCGCCAAGUCCACUCUAGAGGGCAUGUGCCCCGGCACGGUCUCAUGCGCAGAUAUCCUCGCCUUCGCGGCGCGGGACGCCGCCGUGGCCGCGGGCCUCCCAAGAUACGACGUCGUGGCAGGACGCCGAGACGGCAUGCGCUCAAACAUGGACGACCUCCCGGGCAACUUCCCUGUGCCGGGCCAUCACGUCCCGCGCCUCACCGAGCUCUUCAACCAGCGAGGCCUCUCCCAGGAGGAUCUUGUCUUGCUCUCCGGCGCGCACUCCAUCGGGGGCGCACAUUGCUUUAUGUUCGCCAACCGCAUCUACAACUUCUCCAAAAACGCCGACAUCGACCCAACGCUGGACCCGAACUAUGCCAAGUGGCUACGCCAGAGGUGCCCGCCGCGGAAGCCCGACGACGACCCCGAGCAAGCGCCCAAGGUGAAGUUCGAUGCGCAAACAGGAGAGAAGCUCGACGUCGCCUACUACUCCGAGCUGCUCGCCCGGCGCGGCCUGCUCACCUCUGACAACGCUCUCAUCGAGGACCCACAGACAAAGGCGAUGGUUGAGGCCUUCGCCCGGAACGAAGCACUGUGGCAGCAGAAGUUCGCCCAGGCGAUGCAGAAGGUCGGAAUGCUUGACGUGCUCAUCGGCGAGGGCAAGGGCCAGGUAAGGAAGCAGUGCCGCCUGGUGAACGAGCAGGAGAAGGCUAUCGAGCAGCAGCAGCCACAACAGGAGGAGCAGCAGCCCCCACAGGAGGAGGAGGAGCAGCAGCAGCAGCAGCCACAGCCACACCUUCCGUGGUUCCUGCAGAGGCGCCGGCCCCGGCCGCAGCAUCGGCCACGUGUACCGUUUCGCCGUCAUCCUGUGGCCGACCUGGUCAACGGAUUUUUCCGUGGUUUUCACUGAGGCCAGCACUAGUACAUUUGUUCCAGGUCUGUUCCUUCGCUAGAUGCUCAGGGACGUAGACCUCCAAAAUAUACAAUGAUCUAUCCGUGUAUGCAUCACCUUAAUUUAGCAGGAACACGCCUGCUUUGCUUACUCCAUUUUUCUAGGAAAAAAUAGUGUGUCUUCGUAUUUGCCAUAAAACAUAUUAUAUAGCGUAUAUGUGUGCAAGUUUUUA